AUGAGCAAUGAAACUGCUAUUGAUUGGAGAAAUGCCAUUUGGAGUGAUCCUCAUCAGUCAUUUGCUGUCACACCUUCCACAGGGAGACCUGGCAAGAUAAUCAAGAUGGGUGAGAGCUGCUUUAGCUCAACUGUUAGUAAGGCUCAACUUGCAUCAUUCCCCAUCCAAGGGCAAGAAGCCAAUCCCCCUGGUAAUUUCAUGAAGUUCCUCAUGGGCCUUAUACCCUUGGUGGCGGUGGAUAUCCCAUCCAGGGACCUGGAGGGUCUCAUCUGGCAGACUGAGAAGACCCAGAAGGCAUAG